AUUCUUUCUUCAACAAUACCCAAACAGUAGGGAAGAGAGAUGGAGGUAACAAAUGUGAGUGAGUAUCAGGCAAUUGCCAAGGAGAAGUUGCCAAAGAUGGUCUAUGACUACUAUGCCUCUGGUGCUGAGGACCAGUGGACUCUAGAAGAGAACCGAAAUGCUUUCGCUAGAAUCCUGUUUAGGCCCCGGAUUCUUAUCGAUGUGAGCAAGAUAGACAUGACUACAACCAUUUUGGGAUUCAAGGUGUCUAUGCCCAUUCUCAUAGCCCCAACAGCAAUGCAGAAGAUGGCUCACCCUGAAGGUGAAUAUGCAACAGCUAGAGCCGCAUCUGCAGCUGGGACUAUUAUGACACUGUCAUCAUGGGCAACGUCUAGUGUUGAGGAGGUUGCUUCAACAGGACCUGGAAUCCGCUUUUUCCAGCUUUACGUGUACAAGAACCGUAACGUCGUGGCUCAGCUUGUGAGAAGAGCUGAACAAGCAGGCUUCAAAGCUAUAGCUUUAACGGUCGACACACCAAGACUGGGGCGUCGAGAAGCUGACAUCAAAAACAGAUUCACUUUACCGCCAUUUUUGACAUUGAAGAACUUUGAGGGUCUGGACCUUGGCAAGAUGGAUGAAGCUAACGACUCCGGAUUAGCUUCUUAUGUUGCUGGUCAGAUUGACCGCACUUUGAGCUGGAAGGAUGUGAAGUGGCUUCAGACGAUCACUACGAUGCCAAUUCUUGUGAAGGGUGUUAUCACUGCCGAGGAUACAAGGUUAGCUAUACAAGCCGGAGCAGCCGGUAUUAUUGUAUCCAAUCAUGGAGCUCGUCAACUUGAUUACGUACCCGCCACCAUCAUGGCUUUGGAGGAGGUUGUGAAAGCUGCACAAGGGCGUGUACCUGUAUUCUUGGACGGUGGUGUUCGGCGUGGUACUGAUGUUUUCAAGGCUCUGGCGCUUGGAGCUUCCGGCAUAUUUAUUGGAAGACCUGUGGUGUUUUCCUUGGCUGCUGAAGGAGAAGCAGGAGUGAAGAAAGUGCUUCAGAUGUUACGCGAUGAAUUCGAACUAACCAUGGCAUUAAGUGGUUGUACCUCGCUCAAACAGAUCACCCGUAAUCACAUCGUCACCGAGUGGGAUGCUCCCAGGGCUCGUCCUGCACCAAGGUUAUAGAUGAAACAUAUAGGUGCAUUUUGAAAAUGCUCAAUAGUUAUGAACCAAAGCUGUACGAAUCUAUAAAUUUCCUAAAUGUCAAUCACUGCACUUACUUGUACAUUCUUCCUUGUGAACCAUCUGGGUUUGGAUGAUGUUUCAAUCGAGAUACACUUUGAUAGAAUAAUGGAUCUUGUAUCGAAC